UCUCAGCACCGAUGGAGGCAGGCUGGAGCUGAAGCAGCGCGGACGAGCCGGUCGCAGUGGAGGAGGGCGGAGCUUCCCAGUAUUCAUGAUGGAGGACAUGGAGCCGGAGCUUUCCCCCGCCCCCUCUGAUCAGAACAGCCCCUCCCCCUCCAUCCCCUCCUCCCCCUCCCUGUCGCUCCCCUCCACCCCCUCGUCCUCCGGAGGCCCCCCAGGCCGUCACCCCCCUCUGGGUGUGAUCAGUGAGGGGGUGGGGGAGCUCAGCCUGGUGAUCGAUGCCGAGGUGGCCCAGCGGGCGUGUCAGGAGGUGCUGCAGAAGGUGAAGCUGAAUCAGGUGGACGGUGAUGUCACCGACCUACAGAACGGGGGGGCGGAGCCAGAACCAGAGCCAGAACCAGAACCAGACCGGGAGCCGGCUCUGAGCAUCCCGGUGAAACCGCUGAAGAUCCGAGAGGAGGCGGUGGACGACCCCGAGGGCCUGGCCCCCGGCUCGGUGAAGAGCGCCCGGCGGCGGCAGAGACACAACCCCUCCAAACAGUCGUGGCUGCUCCGCCUGUUCGAGUCCAAGCUGUUCGACGUUUCCAUGGCGAUCUCCUACCUGCACAACUCGAAGGAGCCGGGCGUCCAGGCGUACAUCGGGAACCGGCUCUUCAGCUUCUCCCACGAGGAGGUGGACUUCUACCUGCCGCAGCUGCUCAACAUGUACAUCCACAUGGACGAGGACGUCGGGGACGCCAUCAAGCCUUAUGUGGUGCACCGCUGCAGACAGAGUAUCUCCUUCAGCCUGCGCUGUGCCUGGCUGCUGGGCGCCUACUCCUCCGACAUGCACAUCUCCACGCAGCGCCACUCUCGAGGGACCAAACUGAGGAAGCUCAUCCUGUCUGACGAACUCAAACCCGCGGGCUCCCGGGCCCGCAGAGACCCCCUGACUCUGACGCCAUUCUGUCCCGUGGCGUCCCCCGGGCCCCUGGGAGGAGAGCACGGCCUGUCGCCCUCCAAACGCACACACCAGCGCUCCAAGUCGGACGCCACCGUCAGCAUCAGUCUGAGCAGCAACCUGAAGAGGACGGCCAGCAACCCCAAGGUGGAGAGCAGCCAGGACGAGGACAGCAGCUCCAGCACGGACAGUCUGGAGUUUAAGACUCGUCCCCCGGUGCGUCUGGCCCCUCAGAGGGAGUUCAUAAAGUCUCUGAUGGGGAUCGGGAAGCGUUUGGCGACGCUGCCGACCAAAGAGCAGAAGACUCAGCGUCUGAUCUCAGAGCUGUCGCUGCUCAACCACAAGCUGCCGGCUCGGGUCUGGCUGCCGACCGCCGCCUUCGACCACCACGUGGUCCGAGUGCCGCACACGCAGGCCGUGGUGUUGAAUUCCAAAGACAAGGCUCCGUACCUGAUCUACGUGGAGGUUCUGGAGUGUGAGAACUUUGAGACGUCCAGCGUUCCCAUCCGGAUCCCGGAGAACCGGAUCCGGAGCACUCGUUCUGUGGAGAACCUGCCGGACUGCGGCAUGACGGCGGAUCAGAGAGCCGGCAGCUUCUCCACGGUUCCCAACUACGACAACGACGACGAGGCCUGGUCCGUGGACGACAUCGGGGAGCUGCAGGUGGAGCUCCCAGAGAUCCACACCAACAGCUGUGAUAACAUCAGUCAGUUCUCAGUGGACAGCAUCACCAGUCUGGAGAGCAAAGAGCCGGUGUUCAUCGCUGCUGGAGACAUCAGGCGGCGUCUGUCGGAGCAGCUGGCUCAGGCCCCCACAACCUUUAAACGGGACCCUGAGGACCCGUCAGCUGUGGCCCUGAAGGAGCCCUGGGAGGAGAAGGUCCGGAGGAUCAGAGAAGGAUCUCCUUACGGUCACCUCCCUCACUGGAGGCUUCUGUCUGUGAUUGUUAAAUGUGGAGACGACCUGAGACAGGAGCUGCUCGCCUCCCAGGUUCUGAAGCAGCUCAAGUGUAUCUGGGAGCAGGAGCGGGUCCCCCUCUGGAUCAAGCCCUAUAAGAUCCUGGUGCUGUCGUCGGACAGCGGGAUGAUCGAGCCCGUGGUGAACGCCGUAUCCCUCCACCAGGUGAAGAAACAGAGCCAGCUGUCUCUGCUGGACUACUUCCUGCAGGAACACGGAGCUCCGACCACCGAGGCCUUCCUGUCGGCUCAGAGGAACUUCGUCCAGAGCUGUGCCGGAUACAGCCUCAUCUGUUACCUGCUGCAGGUCAAAGACAGGCACAACGGGAACAUCCUAAUGGACGCUGAAGGUCACAUCAUCCACAUCGACUUCGGCUUCAUCCUGUCCAGCUCCCCCAAAAACCUCGGCUUCGAAACGUCCGCCUUCAAACUCACCACCGAGUUCGUAGAUGUGAUGGGCGGUCCAGACGGUGACAUGUUUAACUACUACAGGAUGUUGAUGCUUCAGGGUCUGAUAGGAGCCAGGAAACACAUGGAGAAGGUUCUACAGAUAGUGGAGAUCAUGCAGCAAGGGACCCAGCUGCCCUGCUUCCACGGCUCCAGCACCAUGAGAGGCCUGAAGGAGCGGUUCCACAUGAGCCUGACGGAGGAACAGCUGCAGCUGCUGGUGGAUCAGCUGGUGGACGGAUCCAUGAGGUCUCUGACCACCAAGCUGUACGACGGCUUCCAGUACCUCACCAACGGGAUCAUGUGACCCUGUGUGAGUGUGAGUGUGUGUGUGUGAGAGUGUGUGUGAGAGUGUGUGUGCGUGUGAGUGAGAGCAGCCAUGAACAAAUGAAGAGACUGAUGAUCCUGUUUUAUAUCUGGACUGCAGAGACGAUGAGCUCCUCUGUCGGUCCUCCUCUUCUUUUAUUCUCCAAUUCCAGCUUCUUCUUCUUCUUCUUCUUCUUCUUCUUCUUCUUCUUCUUCUUCUUCUUCUUCUUCUUCUUCUUCUUCUUCUAUUCCAACUCCAGUUUUUCUUUCCAUAUUUGGGCAGAUGGCCCUGAUUGGCUGCUCAGACGGACUCUUAGCCAAUCAGAGAGCAGCCCAGUUUUUAGUUUGAAAUGUGAACACUCAGUAGGCAGAAGGGGUCCGUUACCAUGGAAACGGAUGGAGGAACCGCUCAGACUCCUUAAAGGACCACGCUGGUGUUUUUUCAUGUUUAACUGUAAACCACUGAUCCCAAACCAGUUUGUCCUCUGACCAUUAAAACAAACCAGUUUCAUGUCUGAUGAUCAACCAGACUGUUUUUAUUGUUUGAAUUUUAAAGUUUUAAAGUUCAGCACAAAAAGAACUCAUUUCUACAUCUUUAAAUAUAUUCUGUUCAAAAGAUAAAUAUCAGAAACAAUUAGAAUAAAAUAUGAAUAAAUAUGAAAUGUGUCACAGAAGCUAUUUUUCCUUUAAAUAAUAUUAUAAUAAUUCUACCAAAUAUUCAAAGCUUCAUAAUGAUUUUUUUUUCAUGUCUAUUCGUUGUGAUUAUUUGUGCUCCGUCAGAUAAAGAUCCAGUUCCACUAAUAUUAAUAUAUUAAUAUUCCAGCAGUGUCUGAAGGACUGUUUCUGUAAAACCCAAAGGUCAAACUAUAUUUAACAAAAAACAAAUGUUAUAAUUUAUCAUAUUCACAGCCUUUAAAAACAAAAUAUUCAUGACGAGUUCUGAUCAAUAAAGAAAGUUCACUUCAUAAAAAAUACCAAUAAUAACACAUUCAAAUUCUGGAUUUUCUUUUAAGGGGAUAGAAUCAAAUAUGAAGCUUUGAAUGUAAAAAUAAAUAAUAAUCAUUAUUAAUCCCUCAGGUUCACGAUGACGUCACGUUCUCGUGUUUUUACUGAGAGUUCAACCUCGACACAAAAACACUGACGGAACUUGUUUUUUCUGAUUCCAGUUUUUU